AUGAGCAGCUCUACCGUCGGGUCCCUUCUGGCUGCCAUCGCGACUCUGAUCAGUGAUGGCCUACGUAUCUUGAAAUUCGCCGAUAAGCACCACUGGGGACCUGACGAACACGAGCAGUUGCGCCUGCUUGAGGAUACACUCGAUGACGCCAAAAAGGACUUCCAGGAACUGUCGGUCCUUGUCAACGGCCAACGCUAUUACAUGAACGAUCGCAGACUCCGUUCUGUUAUUGCUGAUGCCGCUGCCGCCGCCGCUGCUGUUACCAGACCUUCCACUGACGCGAUCUUUCUAGCACAAUCGAUCAACGAGUUGAAGAGGUUACAAGGGAAAUUCGAGACGCAUAUCGAAAACUUCAAGGACUGGGCAAAGGUUGGCGGACCAAUCAACCCGAUAUGGGCACGAGAAACGACUGAAUUGCGCCGGGAACUGCACCGCGCGCAAUGCCGGGCAGCAAGGAGGAUAUUCAAUUCGGAGCAGGAGUCUUCGUCAAGGUGUCUCGGCGCAUUCCUCGUCUACAGGAAACAGCGGGAAUGGGCGACCCGAACCAUCGUGACAGAAGAGGAGUUCCACCGGCGACAUGUGGAAGAGGUCAGGGCGUGCAACAACAUUGGCAAGUUUGAGCGCUUCGGAGACAGAGACAUUGCCUUUGUUUGCGACUUCUGCGACGGCCACCUCGUGUGGGAGGACCUAGAGACCAUGCCGGCAAUGCGCGCAGCGACAGAUGCCACGAUCAAUGCCGUAAGACCAGGCUCGCCCACACAGCUGCCGCACUGGCAGGCGACCGCCUACAGCGCCGCGAAUCGGGAGCAAAAGACGGUUGUGCAUGCGCCCUUGGCCAUCGCGAACCACAUCGCGCCGUACCAAGGGGAUUGGGUAGCUCGUCUGGAAUGCCCCUUCUGCGACGAGGCUCCGUACAUUGAACCUGGCGAAGAUGGCGACGACGAGAUGAGAAACGCCCAAGACGAGUCUGGCUUCGAAGACCUCCAAGCGUUCCAAGAACACCUGGAGUGGCAGCACACGGCGACAUCAAUACCCGCCGUGCCACUACCCAAAGCGGCCAAGGACUGCGUGGUGAUGUGA